AUGUCCGCUUUCCCUGCCGAUGAAUUAAUAUUUCUUGUCUUUUCUAAUACGUUCAGAUAUGAGUUGCAUGCUUUGCUCGAUUUUCACAAGACAUACAGGCCAAAAACCCUAUCUAUCUAUCUAUCUAUCUAUCUAUCUAUCUAUCUAUCUAUCUAUCUUUCUAUCUAUCUAUCUAUCUAUCUAUCUAUCUAUCUAAUUCUUCUGUCUGCUUGCCUGUCCGCCUGCCUGCCUAUCUAUCUAUCUAUCUAUCUAUCUAUCUAUCUAUCUAUCUAUCUAUCUAUCUAUCUAUCUAUCUAUUCACAUCUAUCUAUAUAUGUAUCUCUCUAUUUCAAUUUGUCUAUAUCUAUCUAUCUAUCUAUCUAUCUAUCUAUCUAUCUAUCUAUCUAUAUAUAUAUAUAUAUAUAUAGCUAUGCUUUUCUAUCUCUUUUCUCUUUCACACCGUGGUACAUCUGUCCCUCCGCCCUUUUUCUCUUCUUCCAUCUUUUGUUUCUUCCGCCAUUAUUCGUUAGCAUACAUCUUCUAAUUUUCACUUUCUUCUUCAUCAUUUUCCUUUUCUUCUUUGCAUUUGUCUACAUUAUUUCUUCUUUUUCUUUUUCUUUUUCUUCUUCUGCUUCUUCUUCUCCUUCUUCUUCUUUCUCUUCCCUUCUCCACCUUAACUAUUAA